UACAAUUUAAAGGGGAGGGGUUAUAGGGAAGUAGAAUAUUUUUUUCUUUUUCUUUUUUUUUGAGACAGGGUCUUGCUCUGUCACCCAGGCCUGAGUGCAGUGGCGCCAUCACAGUUCACUGCAGCCUUGACCUCCCGGGCUCAAGCAAUCCUCCCACGUCAGUCACUUGAGUAGCUGAGACCUCAGAUAUGUGCCAUCACACCCAGCUAAUUUUUUAAAAUUAAUUUUUUGUAGAGAUAGAGUCUCAUAUGUUGCCCAUGCUGGUCUCAAACUUCUGGGUUCAAAUGAUCCUCCUGCCUCAGGCUUCCAAAGUACUGGGAUUACAGGCAUGAGCCACCAUGCCGGGCUGGGAGGCGGAAUUUUGUUCAGUCUAAAGAUAAGCUUUUUCAUAGCUCUGGCUGUAGUGGGAAGGAGCAAAGGAGUGAAUGAUUGUCAGUUGGGAGGGUGCAGAGUGGCCUCCUGCCCUAGGGUGGAGGUGAGGGUGGCUUAGGUGAGACAACACUGAGGCCCUGUUUAGCCCCACGUCCCCUCCCUGUGCUCCCUCCUCCUCUCUCCUCUCUUGCAGGCGUGGGAGGUAUCAUCAUUCAGCAGAUUUCACUGGAGGCAGUGGAGGAGGCAAGGUACCUGAGCCAGAACUCAGAAGGUCUUAUUCUCCACUUGACUCUGCCACUAACUUGUUGUGCAACUUUGGGCCUUUCCCCAGGCCUUCAUUUUCUUUUUUUUUUUUUUUUUUUUUGAGGCAGAGUCUCCCUCUGUUGCCCAGGCUGGAGUGCAGUGGCGCAGCACCAUCUCGGCGCACUGCAAGCUCCACCUUCUGAGUUCACGCCAUUCUACUGCCUCAGCCUCCCGAGUAGCCGGGACUACAGGCGCCCACCACCACGCCCGGCUUAUUUUUUGUAUUUUUAGUAGAGGUGGGGUUUCACCGUGUUAGCCAAGAUGGUCUCAAUCUCCUGACCUCGUGAUCCACCCGCCUCGGCCUCCCAAAGUGCUGGGAUUACAGGCAUGAGCCACUGCGCCCGGCCAUUUUCUUAAAUAUCUAAUAAAAAAUAUAUAGCAAAUGCAGUUUGUAAACUAUGACAAUAUGACCAUGCAAAAGAUUAUUAUCUUCCAAGACUGCUGGUCCAAGGAAAGGUCAAUAAUAAAGUGGAAGCAUUGUAGCUUGUGGAAUGACUGGUUAGAUUUGGGAGAAGCCUUAGCAAUAAUCUAGAAUCUACAUAGAUAAUACAUCUGAGGAUUGGGCUUUGUGGUUUACAAAGCAUUUUUUUCCUCUUUUGAUCCCAGCUGCUUGUCUGGACUGAUACAAGGCAUUUUUAUUAGUUUGUCUUAUUCAAUCCUCACACCACCUCAAAUUUACAGAGGAUAUGGAUCGGUUAACUUGUAUUUGUAACCUCAUGUCAGUCCAGAGCACUGCCUGGAGGUGGGUAGAGGUGGUCCUGGGCUGGAAUCCCAGCCCCAAUGGGACCUUGAGCAAGUUACUUUAGCUGUCUGCACCUAAAUUUCCUCACUGGCAAAACAGGAAUACUGGUGGUUCACACCUGCAACUCCAGCACUUUGGGAGGCUGAGGUGGGAGGAUUGCUUGAGUCCAGGAGUUCAAAACCAGACUGGGCAACAUAGCAAGACCAUCUCUACAAAAAUUAAAUAAAUAAAACAUUUACAAGGGUUGUGGUGAAGAUUAAAUGAGAUCACUCACGAAAAAGCUCAGCAGACCCUGAUGUGCAGUAGGUGCUCAAUAAAUGUUAGCCAGCAAAAACAAAAAAAAAAAUCAGCUAGGAAAUUGCAGUACUGGACUUCUGACUCCAACCUCAAUGUUCCUUGCCCCACAUCAAGCUGUUUCACUUCAAAUCCUCUCCAUUUCGCAAUGGAGUCAUCCCGGGUUGAAGGAGUGAACUAUGCGUUGGAGGGCUGCCCUAAGCAAGCAGCAAAGAGACAGCUUGGUCUCCAGUGACCUGAAAGAAUUAUUUAUUGCCCUGAAGUCCAGUGUGCCAGUUGCCAAAGGGAAAAGCUUCCUUCCAACUGGCUCAGCAAGCUGACAGAGGAAGAGUCGGGUUCUUGCUGGGGCAGUCAUGCAGAGCUGGGAUGACAAGCAGAAGGCUGGCAGAUCUGUCUCUGGGCAGAUGGAUCACCUGAUACACAUGCUGGGGCCUGAGCCCUGGGAUUGGCCCAAAACAGGGCUGUGUUGACCCAACAGCUGGGCAUUGGCAUCCUGUCAAUCUGCCGAGAGCCUAGAAAUAGUGCGGGGACAGUCUGCUGGUCUCAGUGUGUCCGAGGAAGCAACCAUGCAGGUGCUAACCAAGCGUUACCCCAAGAACUGCCUGCUGACCGUCAUGGACCGGUAUUCAGCCGAGGUGCACAACAUGGAGCAGGUGGUGAUGAUCCCCAGCCUUCUGCGGGAUGUGCAGCUGAGUGGGCAUGGGGGCCAGGCCCAGGCUGAGGCCCCUGAUCUCUACACCUACUUCACCAUGCUCAAGGCCAUCUGUGUGGAUGUGGACCAUGGGCUGCUGCCGCGGGAGGAGUGGCAGGCCAAGGUGGCAGGUGGGGAAGAGAAUGGAACCGCAGAGACAGAGGAAGUCGAGGACGAGAGUGCCUCAGGAGAGCUGAACCUGGAAGCCCAGUUCCACCUGCACUUCUCCAGCCUCCAUCACAUCCUCACGCACCUCACCGAGAAAGCCCAGGAGGUGACAAGGAAAUACCGGGAAAUGACGGGACAAGUUUGGUAGACCUUGGACACUAGGGAAGAUCCCUUCACAUGAUAGAAGGCAGACUCUUUGAUGAAGCUGACGGAGCAGUUCACUAGCCGAUGAUGAGAGAAGAAAGGCCUAGACCUGCCGCCAGAAGUGAAGGCGGCUCAGUUCUCCGGGAUGCUUCUCUACCUGCUGAGCACCAAUUCCUGGAUUCCAGUCACUGGCGCACCUUUAGAAUGUCUGUUGCUAUUCACUGCUCCCCUCGCUCCUCUUACCAGCUUGGGGAGGUGACCAGUGGUUCAGGGGGGACUAGUCAGUUACCUGUCCAGUGUGGUAUGGUAGGAAGAGUGUAGGUGUUGGCACGUGACCAAAAUUCACAUCCCCCCUUAUGGCAGUCAUUCAGUACAUGUACUUGUACAAGUUAUUUAAUCCAUUGGAGCCUAAAUUCCCUCAUCUAUAAAAUGGGGAUAAUAUUAUCUACCUCACAAGCUUAUGAAAACUAAACAUGAUGAAUCUAAAGCACUUGGCAUGUGAGGGCUAUUAAAAUAGCCUGAUUUUUUUUUUCUCCCCCUCUCCCCUAUGUAUUUGCUCUGGCCCUUGCUUUUUACCCUCCAGAGCUAAGAGGUAGCAGAGUCUCUUGGGAUGAGUGGUUCACCCUCUUUUAUUUGGCAACCACUGAUGAGGCCAAUGACAGGUGAACUAUAAACCUAUUUAUUGCACAACUAAUUAAAAAAGCCAAAGCCUUGUA